ACUACUGCGCACAUUACAGGAAGAGAAGAAGAAGGAUUUCGGUUGUGGGCGCGUUUGAUACCCGCCGCUGUUUGUUGUUGUAUUGUACCACAGACGACUCACAGGUACAGUUGGACCUCUAACACGAAGCCUGAGCCAUGAGUGAGUUCAGGAUCCACCAUGAUGUGAACGAGCUGCUCAGCCUGCUUCACGUCCGAGGAGGCGACGGAGCAGAGGGAUACAUAGACUUACUGCAGAAACACAGGACGCCUUAUGUGACAACUACAGUGUCUGCACACAGUGCCAAGGUUAAAUUAGCGGAGUUCUCUAAAACCCCCGAAGACUUCUUGAGGAAGUACGAGGAGCUCAAGUCCAAAAAUGUUCGAAACCUCGACCCUCUCGUCUAUCUGCUCUCCAAACUCUGCGAGGAUAAAGAGACGCUCCAGUUUCUGCAGCAGAAUGCCAAAGAGAGGUCGGAGUCGUCGGCGAACACGACGUCAACCACAACGACCAGUUACAGUCUGCCUCAGACCAGCUCCAAGAUGUCCAUGCAGGAACUGGAUGAGCUGCGGAAGAAGCUCGGCAACGUGACGGCCAGCUCCAACGCUCCUCUGCCUGCCGAAGUCAUACGGAAGACGCUCAGGGACAAACACAACAAGAAGAACCCCACCCAGCCCAACCCCGUGUUUCCUAACUGGGUGUACGACCGUCCUGCUCUCCUCGGAGACUUCAUCACCAGCCCCACGCCUCCAGGAGAUCCAGCUGUGGCCAUUGGUACGAUGCCCCUGGCUGCUCAGGAACAAGCUCUGGUGGAGGAUCUGCUGUUUGUCCUGGUUGGAGUUGACGGGCGGGACAUCACAGCUCAGCCUGUACUGGGGAGGCAGAACCGCUCCUUCAUCAUCGAUUCCACACUGGACAUGUCUGUGAAAGAGCUGGUUAACAGAAUAUUACCUGUUGCGUCAUAUUACUCCACAAUAACACGCUUCAUUGAAGAGAAGUCGUCCUUCGAGUACGGCCAGGUGAACCACGCGCUGACGGCGGCGAUGAGGACUCUGAUGAAGGAGUACCUGAUCCUGGUCACCCAGCUGGAGCACCUCCAGCGGCAGGGCCUGCUGUCCCUGCAAAAGCUCUGGUUCUACAUCCAGCCCACCAUGAGGACCAUGGAGAUACUCGCCUCUAUCGCGUCCUCUGUGGACAAAGGAGAGUGUAUGGGUGGGUCGACGCUAAGUCUUCUCCAUGAUCGAACCUUCAACUACACCGGUGACAGCCAGGCUCAGGAGCUGUGUCUCUACCUCACUAAAGCCGCCAGUGUCCCUUAUUUUGAAAUACUGGAGAAGUGGAUCUACAGGGGAAUCAUCAAGGAUCCAUACAGCGAGUUCAUGGUGGAAGAGCAUGAGCUGCAGAAAGAGAAAAUUCAGGAGGACUACAACGAUAAAUACUGGGAUCAGAGAUACACCAUUGUACAACAUCGGAUUCCCUCGUUUCUACAGAAAAUGGCUGACAAAAUAUUAAGCACAGGGAAAUACCUCAACGUGGUGCGGGAGUGCGGCCGCGAUGUGACGUGUCCUGACGCUAAGGAGGUCCUGUACACCCUGAAGGAGAGAGCUUACGUGGAGCAGAUAGAGAAAGCUUACAACUACGCCAGCAAGGUCCUGUUGGCCUUCCUCAUGGAAGAGAAGGAGCUGGUUUCACGGCUGAGAUCCAUCAAGCACUACUUCUUGAUGGACAAAGGCGAUUUCUUUGUGCACUUCAUGGACCUGACGGAGGAAGAGCUGAAGAAGCCAGUGGACGACAUUGUUCCCCCCAGACUCGAAGCCCUCCUGGAGCUGGCUCUGAGGAUGAGCACCGCCAACACAGACCCCUUCAAAGAUGACCUCAAGAUUGACUUAAUGCCUCAUGACGUCAUCACUCAGCUGCUGCGGGUGCUCGCCAUCGAGACCAAACAGGAGAAGGCCAUCAUCAACGCAGACCCGACAGACGUGGCCCUCAGCGGGCUGGAGGCCUUCUCCUUCGACUACAUCGUAAAAUGGCCGCUGUCGCUCAUCAUCAACAGGAAAGCCCUGACGAGGUACCAGAUGUUGUUCAGACACAUGUUUUACUGCAAACAUGUCGAGAGGCUCCUAUGCAACGUGUGGAUCAGCAACAAAGAUUUCAAGCAGUACUCGUUACGUUCUCCCAAAUGGUUUGCUGCGGCGUUCGCCCUCCGACAGCGGAUGCUCAACUUUGUGCAGAACAUCCAGUACUACAUGAUGUUUGAGGUGAUGGAGCCCACCUGGCACAUCAUGGAGAACAACCUGAAAACAGCGUCAAACAUUGAUGAUGUGCUUUGCCACCACACGAGCUUCCUGGACAACUGCCUGAAGGACUGCAUGCUGACCAACCCCGAGCUUCUCAGGAUCUUCUCCAAACUCAUGGCGGUCUGCGUCAUGUUCACAAACUGCAUGCAGCGGUUCACUCAGAGCAUGAGGUUAGAGCGCCUCUCUCUGGAACAAGGGACUAUGGAUGGACCUCCCACUCAGAGCGAACAUGCUGAGGAUGCCGAGAGGAAGAGGCUGACCACAAAGUUUUUAGCCGAGUACGUGGACGCCCUCCAGUCGGACGCAGGCUUUGAGGCCACCAUCAGUAAGUUUGACAGUAACUUCAGCAUGCUGCUGCUGGACCUGCUGGACAAGCUGAGCAUCUACAGCACCAACGACUGCGAGCACAGCAUGAUCAGCAUCAUCUACAGGCUGGAUUUCAAUGGAUUCUACACUGAGCGUCUGGAGAGGAUGGCCAUAGAGCGGAGUCAGAAAGCAGCAGUGUAGCAUGUUGGUAUUAACUGUCACCCAGCAAUAAAAACAUCCUUUCCUCACGUCUGUCCAUCGCUUCCAACAACCAACCGUCCAGAUAAUAACCACACAGACGUCGGCUGUUGAUUUAAAAGAGCUGAUACUUCAGUGUGUAUGUGAUAUAUUAUGGACUGUAUCGAAUGUAGAGUUCUAGUCUGAUGUUUGUUGACUCAUUUCAAUGCUUCAAAAAGUACAUUUUAAGAAAAAGUGGAGCUUCUAUGUUUAUUCUGCUCUGAAAAAUGAAAGUUAUGGCACUUCUUAUGGGUAACUUAUUGUACCUGUACAAUAAUAAUAAUAAUGUAUGUUUGUAUUCAUUAAAACUUUACUGAAUGAAGACUCCCUUUGCCUUAAAUAUACACCGUUUCUGACUGUUCCCGUGGAAACCUCCCUGCUGACAAAAUAAAAGUAAUUCUGAGGCUCCUA